UUUUACACGCGCAGCCGUCCUCCACGGGACGGUCAGCUUAUUUCCUCCUUUUACAUUAUUUCUUCUUUUUAAAACAAUAUUAUUAUUUUCAUCAGAUUCCCCACCAGCUGUCCCAGUGUGCCCGUCUGAGCCCGGGACCGGCUGUCCUCAGACCAGCCGCCCCACACAGAUCCUCCAGCUGUGGGGCUCCAGUCCCUCAGGCUGGGGCGGCCAUGUUGUUGGUGUGUGUGUGUGGGUGGGGGGGUUGAUGGAAGUUUAGGGAAGUAAAGGCUCCGUCUCCAGGAUCCCACUUUUCCUCCCCCCCACCCCACCCCUUCUAUUUUUUUUCUUCCCAAUCAGCGGCAUGACGGAUUCUUUCUCCCCUCUCCUCUGACGACCACCAUGACCGCUUCCUCACCGCCUCCAUCAGCGACCCGCGAGCCGCUUUUGACGGAACCAGAAUCGAACCGCUGGAUGGAGGAAGUCAGGAUGAAGGAGGCGGCUCGGUCCCGACUGGAAUAACUCGGAUUUACUUYGUCCUGGUCUGAUUCGAAGAAGAAGUGGAGGGGAGAAAACCAGCUCGGAGGAACGCGGGAUUUCAGAAGGCAGGGUGAGACAAUGGGCUGCGUUAAAAGCAAAGAAGACAAAGGCCCCACCCUGAAGUAUCAGACAGAGAACUCCCCAGGGUCAGACGCCAACGCCGCCGCUGCCACGCCUCACGCCGGUCACUACGGGCCAGACCCGACCCAGCCGCAGCUGAACCAGGCCGCCUCGUCUUCAGCUGGCUCCGGAGCUGGGACCUUCAACCACGCCCUCGCUCCCUUUGGAGGCUCCUCCUCGGCCAUGACGCCUUUUGGAGGAACGUCAACCUCGUUCUCUGGUCCCAUGUCCAACUCAUUCUCUGGUGCCGUCUCGAGCGGCGUUACUUUCUUUGUUGCCUUGUAUGAUUACGAAGCAAGAACGUCGGAUGAUCUUACGUUUAAAAAGGGAGAUCGCUUUCAGAUCAUCAACAAUACAGAAGGAGACUGGUGGGAGGCUCGCUCCAUCAACACGGGGAAGAAAGGCUACAUCCCCAGCAAUUAUGUGGCCCCUGCUGACUCCAUUCAGGCUGAAGAGUGGUACUUUGGGAAAAUGGGACGCAAAGAUGCUGAGAGGUUGCUGCUCAUUCCGGGCAACAAUCGAGGAACCUUCCUGGUGCGAGAAAGCGAAACAACUAAAGGUGCUUAUUCGCUCUCUAUUCGAGACUGGGACGAUGCCAAAGGAGACAAUGUGAAACACUACAAGAUCCGCAAGCUUGACAAUGGGGGAUACUACAUCACCACACGGGCCCAGUUUGACACAUUACAGAAGCUCGUCAAACACUACACAGAGCAUUCGGACGGUCUCUGCCACAAGCUGACCACAGUUUGCCCCACAGUCAAGCCUCAGACUCAGGGACUGGCUAAAGAUGCCUGGGAGAUUCCAAGGGAGUCGCUGCAGCUGGAGGUCAAACUGGGCCAGGGCUGCUUUGGAGAGGUCUGGAUGGGCACGUGGAAUGGCACCACUAAAGUGGCCAUAAAGACGCUGAAGCCAGGCACCAUGUCGCCCGAGGCCUUCCUCCAGGAGGCUCAGAUCAUGAAGAAACUCAGGCAUGACAAACUAGUGCCUCUUUACGCAGUUGUUUCUGAGGAACCCAUCUACAUCGUCACAGAGUACAUGUCCAAAGGAAGCUUGCUUGAUUUUGUCAAAGAAGGCGAUGGUAAAUUCCUAAAGCUCAUCACCUUGGUGGACAUGGCUGCAAAGRUCGCCGACGGGAUGGCUUUCAUCGAGAGGAUGAACUACAUUCACAGAGAUYUGCGCGCGGCAAAUAUCCUCGUGGGCGAGAACCUGGCGUGCAAGAUCGCCGACUUUGGGUUAGCCAGGUUAAUAGAAGACAACGAGUACACGGCGAGACAAGGAGCUAAAUUUCCCAUCAAAUGGACGGCGCCGGAGGCGGCGCUGUACGGUCGCUUCACCAUCAAAUCAGAUGUCUGGUCCUUUGGGAUCCUUCUCACCGAGCUCGUUACUAAAGGCAGGGUACCCUACCCAGGUAUGGUGAACCGGGAGGUGCUGGAACAAGURGAGAGAGGCUACCGGAUGCCCUGCCCACAGGGAUGCCCCGAGUCCCUGCACGAGAUGAUGAAGCUCUGCUGGAAGAAGGAGCCGGACGAGAGGCCCACAUUCGAGUACCUGCAGUCCUUCCUGGAGGACUAUUUCACCUCCACAGAGCCGCAGUACCAACCUGGAGAAAACCUAUAGCCAGAGGAGGCUCAUUAAAAGACUUCAGACGUCAGUGUCGCUCACACACACCACGCUUUCUUUUCUCCUGCGUCUGAUCAUAGUUUGAUGCUCACUGAUGGCGCUACAAGAUGUUACUGUGUCAUUUGUUUAUGUAAUUGRCUAAGUUCAUGGGCACAAAUGUUACUGUUUUAAAUACAUGUGAGAGUUUUCUGUUUCUGUGAAAUAAGCUGUAAUUAAGCCUUCAGAAGGGGGAAAAAUAAGACAAUUUGAUUCGUUUUAUAUGGUUUAAUGUGGAAAUCUUUUACUCAUCUGACUCUAAAUUGUAGUUCUUUUAGAUUUUUAGGAAAUGUAGCAUAUGUAAUUAUACAUACAUACAUAUAUAUAUAUAUAUAUAUAUAUAUAUAUAGUUUGAAAAUAGAAGGUCUCAAGACGGUUGAUGCUUUUUAUCAUGAUUCAUUUGAGGGUGAUGUUCCAAAAGUAAAUCCAACAAAACUUUACUUUAUUUCCAUUUUGCAUGUUAAAGGUCACUUUGUGAGACUGGGAUCGUGGCUUUUCUGCUUAUUUAUUUUAUUUUUCAUGUGCACAUAUUUAUUACUGUAUGAAUUUUGUUUUAUUACACGGACUUUGUGUUUUAUGCUCUAUUUCAAACUUUUCUUUCCAGUUCGCCACCCUCGAACGCUCACUGUCCUGGUUAUUAUCUGCUCACUAUAAUCAUUACAGCUAAACGCUCUGUAUAAUGUGGUAUCUGUGUGGUYUUACUGUGGAAUCUGUGAUGAAAACAAUGAACUUUAGUGGCUUUUGGCCAAGCCGUCAAAAGAUGCUAAGUUGCUUCCAGACAAGCACGGAGAAAGAUUUUACUUCAAGAAAAACAAAAUCUACAAAACUGUGACUGCUGAACUCAUACACUACCUUUAAGACAACUGGGUGCAGUUUUUAAUGUUAAUCUCUGAAUUUUGGACUCCUGUUAUUAGAACUGAUUGUAAAGAAGGUGAUUUUUAUAUGGUUGUUGAUAGAAAUUAAAAACUGCUAACUGCA